UCCCAGAAGGCCGCGCGACCUCAGCAGCGGGUGCUUCAGUUCCCAGGGCGACACCUCUGGCAGGAACUGGGGCCCUGGCGGCCUUGGGGUCCCACAGUGGCCACCGCGUUCAGCACAUUGCUUUCGGCGUCCUCCUUCUCACCCUGAGGCCUCCGCCAUGAAGGAUUCGCUGGUGCUGCGGAGCCGCGUCCCGGCACACCCGGACUCCCGCUGCUGGUUUCUGGCCUGGAACCCCACGGGGACCCUGCUGGCCUCGUGCGGCGGCGACCGUAAAAUCCGCAUCUGGGGCACCGAGGGUGACAGCUGGGUUUGCAAGUCUGUCCUUUCUGAAGGCCACCAGCGCACUGUUCGGAAAGUGGCAUGGUCCCCCUGUGGAAACUACCUGGCCUCUGCCAGCUUUGAUGCUGUCACUUGUAUUUGGAAGAAGAACCAGGAUGACUUUGAGUGUGUAACCACUCUCGAGGGUCACGAAAAUGAGGUCAAGUCAGUGGCUUGGGCCCCGUCUGGCAACCUCUUGGCUACCUGCAGCAGAGAUAAGAGUGUGUGGGUCUGGGAAGUUGACGAAGAGGAUGAGUAUGAGUGUGUCAGUGUCCUCAACUCUCACACACAGGACGUCAAGCACGUGGUUUGGCACCCGAGCCAGGAGCUUUUAGCGUCCGCCAGCUAUGACGACACAGUGAAGUUGUACCAGGAAGAAGGAGAUGACUGGGUCUGCUGUGCCACCCUUGAAGGUCAUGAGUCCACUGUGUGGAGCUUGGCCUUCGACCCCAGUGGCCAGCGCCUGGCAUCCUGCAGUGAUGACCGUACUGUGCGCAUUUGGCGCCAGUAUCUACCAGGCAAUGAACAAGGGGUGGCAUGCAGUGGCUCUGACCCCAGCUGGAAGUGUAUCUGCACUUUGUCAGGCUUCCACACCAGGACCAUCUACGACGUUGCUUGGUGUCAGCUGACAGGGGCCCUGGCUACAGCUUGUGGGGACGAUGCCAUCCGAGUGUUUGAGGAGGAUCCCGGCUCAGAUCCACAGCAGCCUACCUUCUCUCUGACAGCUCAUAUGCCCCAGGCGCACACCCAGGAUGUCAACUGUGUGGCUUGGAAUCCCAAGGAGCCAGGGCUCCUGGCCUCUUGUAGUGAUGAUGGGGAGGUGGCCUUCUGGGAGUAUCACCAACCUGCAGGCCUCUGAACUAUAGGGUGACUUGCCAAGACUUUCCUAGUCAUCGAGAGGACCUGAAGGAUCCUUGAUCUACAUUUAGCUCUAUGCCUUGUUUGGAUGUGUAGAAGCCACAGGACCAUUCACUGUUUCCCUUCAUUGGUUUGAGGGAGCCAUGGGACAGAGCCACGGGACAGAAGUAUGUUGUAUUACAAUUUUUGCUUGAUUUAAGGCAUGGGGUUACAUUUUGGGGUAUAGUAUUUAUAAUUAUGAUGUAUGUACAUGGAAGAAUCUGUCUGAGAGCUUUCUGAAAUUGUGAUCUUUAUAGAAAUUAUUCAUCUGUGCCACACUUCCUGUUUUGUAAAUGAGGUCAUUUAUUACUUAUAAUUUUACUAUUUGAAAUAGGUCCCGCUUUCCCAAAUUCUAGAGAAGUCCUUGCAUUUAAGACAUUCUAGCCAGUGUGGCGUCUUCCUAGUACUCAAUAAGCAAAGACAGAAUGAUCAGAAGCUCAAGGUUAUCUUUGGCUACAUAGCAAAUUUGAAGCUAGCCUGGGAUAUAUGAGAUCCUUUCUCAAAAAACAAAAAGACGUUCAAAGUUUGUUCAGAGUAAAAGAACACCACUGUUCUCCCUUAGAAACCCUCACAUGCCUCGAGACAUGCUGUGGUGGCAACUAAAACCCCUGAAAGAGAGAACUGGUUUUCAGUGAGGGGCAGAAAACAUUAAGGCAAUAGCUUGUGGCCCUCUUAAAAAACAAAACAAAACAAAAAACGGCAGGCAGGGUGUGGUGGCACAUACCUAUAAUCCACUACUCAGGAGGCAGACCAACUUCAUCUACAAAAUGACAGCCAGGAAGACAGAGGUCUGUCUCAAAAAAAUAAAAGAAAAAAGUAAAA